CUGAUCUGUCGUGCGAAGUGCCGCACGCGUCUCCCGCAAUUCGGCCUCGGCCCGCGCCAAUCCUGCCGGGCUUCGUCCUGGGCCGCUUGCAGCUCGCGGCGCAUCGCCUGUGUUGCCUCACGGCGGUCAUCUCCGUCGAGCGGUCUGCGGAUUUCCGCCGCUUGCGUGGUGAGGGGUGGUGGACGGGUGGCGCUAGGCGCGUCGCGAGGAUUGAUUUCGGGUGCAGCAUGUCCGGGGGACGGUUCGCGAUCCUUGGUCGAAGCCGACCGGCGGGGGUCCAUGCAAUGUCAGUCGCGGCCAGUGUGAUAAUCAAAGGGAAGAAAGAAGCGGAAAAAUCACUUUAUAUGACGCGAUUUCAGCUGAAAGUACUAUAGGAGGGGGCGCGGACGGUUGGAGACAAAGGACACGAGGAACAUUGAAGAAAUGACGGGAGCAAGGCGGCGGGGCUUUCCCUCUGGCCGAGGCGUGUCUGAAGCCGUAUUUGGAACACGAGUUCUGCGUUAGACUUCCGAAACACGUUGGAAACACGUGUGGAUUCCAUCUCCUUUCCCUCGGUAUGAAUAUGUGUGGAUUCGUCCCGAUAGAGCAGUUCGCUGCAUCACUUCUUGGAGAUGGAUCGAAAACCUUGCAGACACGUGCUAUCGAUAGCGUCCUUGCUAGAGCAUGCAUCCUGUGCGAGUCUACGGCCGGAUUCACUAGUGCCACCGCCCCUUCUCGGCCUUGCGUUAGCGCACCGCUGAUGCACGACUUCCGCUCGCAGUGAUCUUGACCGAUAAUGGAUCCAGUGACAUCCCAUUUCCAUGCACAAAGAUGCACACCGAUCCCCGCAUGCUCUAUCUCGGAGCUUUUCAUUUCGGCAAUUUGGCAAUCAGCAGAGUUCGAAGAGAAUUUAUUGCGGUGUGUGAAAUCUUGGGAUAGGUCGUCGCCCAUAAACGCC